GCGAUAGUCUCCCCAAGAUGCUUGACGAUGAGUCGUCUCUUCAAAGGAUCGUCUUCGCACGCGUGAGAAGUCCAGUGUUGAAGCCGUGUGGAAAUUGUUCCAGCUAUCUCGAGGGCUGUGCCGCAGAUCCGUUUGGGGACUCGGCCUCGAAUGACGCGGCCUCCACUGGAUCCGAAGACCUCGUACUUCCUGAAGAGACUCAUCCAUCUGGACAAGACAACGGGCGGUGUAAUCUGGAAGCUGUACGAGGAUCCCAGCCCCACUUCUGCGGUCGAUGCGAAUCACAAAAGCCAACCCGGGAGUCCAGACGAAGGACCAGAAUUACGGCGGCAGUCUAAAGAGAGACGAAUCAGCAGAAGCCCCCCGAGUUUAGAGGAUUGUACACCUCAAUACUCUCAAAGCACUCAGAGACUAGCGCGCGAAACCCAAUGUACGGCCUCCGAAGAGGAACAGUGGAGAGCGAAAAUCAGAGGCGACAGCGCACACCGAUCAGGCUCUUCGGAGACAAAUCUGUCCGCUACAGAACGAAGUUCUCGCCCCGCUUCCAGGACAUCGAUCCCCGACUGGUCUGAUCAAGAAGGCUCGAACGGAAGCACGACGGAAAGUCAAGAGAUGACUCGAAUCGCUCCGAGAAAAACGUUUCCACCUGAAGAAUAUUCCUCGAGAUUGCCGCCAGAUAGCCCGGAUCUGAGCGUGCCGGAUCAUGUGAUCCGAGGCUCGAUAUUCGAGAAUGGAACAGGAGGAAGCAAGAAGAUUCGCGCUAGGAAAAAUUCCACCGCGGCUCCCGAUUCCAUCCAACGGACACGCCGAUCACCCGCCCCAAACACCGAGAAGGAACCGGUUGUGGAUUCUAUCGGACCCAAGGCUCCGUCUCCCCCGACUCCGAGUACACUCUUCUCGGACAGCUCCGAGGAAGAAUUGAGAUCUGCGCGCACUUCCUCCACCUCCCGUUACGUCCCGUCUACGUGUCAUGCUUCACCGGAAACGAUCCUUACUCAGCUCUCGAGCUCUCGGAGGCGAAAAUCCCCGUCGCGUCCUCCGGUUCCGGUUCCUGCGAAGCAACCCAAGAAAGAAGAAGCAAACAAGGAGUCAGACACGUCACGGGAGUCAUGUUCCACGGUUCCCUCAGUCGGAGACCGUAUCGAAGCUCGUCAUGGAAUUCCUGUUCUACCUGCGAAGAAAAUCGUUGCCGCGAGUCAAUCCACGGUUGCCCCGCUCGUGGUCCCUGCUGUUCCCGUGUCCCCUUAUUCGGGAUCCUGCACGGCGACUCUGGGCUCUCCGGGGCCGAGAACUUGGUCUCCAAUCGCGGAAAACCCGCCUGGACUUCCAGUCCAAUCCGCUGCGUUCGGAACCACGGUUUCGUUCCACUCUCGAUUCAGUGUGAAGAAUGUGGUCGAAGUUCAUCAAUCUCUGUCAGUGGCCCAAGUGACGCUCAGGUCGAUCGACGCAACUUGUGGUAGCUUCGCAGCGAAGCUCUCGAUUUCGAAUAGCGCUUAUGCUCAAGAAAUCGCAAAAAAACCGCCGCCGCUGCUUGCCCUUUCGGUUGAGAAGGGUUGUCAAUCAGCGGCGGUGGAGCACGUCGGGAGCGUCCGGAGAGACCUAAUUCGCGGCACGGAAGGAGCAGUUGUGUCCAAGCGAUCGAUCCAAGAAACUCGCGGCAGUCUCCAUUAUAGGAGUUCGAUUCGAAGCGGAGAAGGGCAAAUCGAGGUCCCGAAUAAGCGUAUAUCGCUCGCUAAUCAAGUCAUGACAACGUCCAGCGUCGAAGUCAGACAGCGAGUCAACACCCACCGGGAGACUUCCGCCAUGUAUGUCGGGGAAAACUUUCACAAAGAAGAUCGGAAGAUUGUGACGAACACGUCAGUUCCGGACGCGAUUCAAGCUACUCACGGUACCAGCCACUCGUUGAGGACUGUCCGUACAUCUGAUACGCGAGGAGAAGGAACCGUCACGAGUCCUGCUUCGAUCGCCACCACGGUCUUGUUCGGAGCGCGUCUGAAACCGAUCAAGAGCGGUGUAGACUCACCGGGACUGAGCUCGUGUAUGACACCCUCAUCAGGAAGAGCACUACCAUCGACAUCAUCCUCGAAACGAUCGAUGAGGAAGCCGGCCCGAAUUAUACAGAAAAAUCUACAAAGGAAGAUUCAAGGGAAAACAAUGAGCAAGAGACCAUCGUCAAGUCUCAGUUACUUGCCUGGUUUAUUCCUGUCCCCUUCCGUCCAGCCGGGUCUUCUGAGCAACGACGUCGGUGAUCAGCGGUUCAGGAAUCCGUCCGGAGGACUUUCUUAG